GCAGGGUGCCACCCACACCUACCCUCACCCCAGCAGUGAUGGCGCAGGUGGCAUCCCAGGAACCUGACACCCAAGAUGAAUAAAUGAUGCGGACUCAACCGGCCGCAGCCAGAACUCUCCGCGGGUCGCUGCCACCACCACCGUCACCGCCUGCGGGUGGCCAGGGGCAGUCUCCUGGUAGCUCUGUGCAUCAGGCCCCUGGCCUCUCCGGAUCUGCAGCGGGGCGCGCGGCAAGCGAGAGAACAUGGCCGGGAGGCCGUGUGGCUCGGGGCGGCUCUGGGCGCUGGGCGGCGCCGCGCUGGGGGCUUGCCUGGCCGGUGUCGCCACGCAGCUGGUAGAGCCCAGCACGGCCCCGCCCAAGCCCAAGCCGCCCCCACUGACCAAGGAGACGGUGGUGUUCUGGGACAUGCGCCUGUGGCACGUGGUGGGCAUCUUUUCGCUCUUCGUGUUGUCCAUCAUCAUCACACUGUGCUGCGUCUUCAACUGCCGUGUACCACGGACACGGAAGGAGAUUGAGGCUCGGUACCUACAGCGAAAGGCGGCCAAGAUGUACACAGACAAGCUGGAGACUGUGCCUCCCCUUAACGAACUCACAGAAAUCCCUGGAGAGGAGAAGAAGAAAAAGAAGAAGGACAGUGUGGACACGGUGGCUAUCAAGGUAGAGGAGGACGAGAAGAAAGAGGCGAAGAAGAAAGGAGAGAAGUGAGGGCGGCUCCCGGAGGUGGCAGCUGGGGCCGGCAGGCCCUGAAACACAAGUUCAGGCCGGGAUCCGGGCAUCAGGACUUCCUGUUCAUGCAUGGACUGCAGAGGCGGUGGUCCCAGGGGAAGCCAAGGCCGCGGCCGUUACCGUGGCCCAAAGGAUGUAGGGACAAGACUUCACUAGUGUCCAUCCUGGACGCCGUUCCUUUCACAUCAUCCGUCUUCUCAUGGGCCACUGUCCCUCCAUAGAUACAGAGUGGCCUCAAACGCCUCUCCCAUCCAGACAAACUUCCGUCCUAUCCUUCAUGCCAGGGGCAGAAGUGGUUAUGAAGGAGUCAGGGAGUGGUCAUUUAGGAUGGCAGGAUUGAGCAGGUUGCUCAAAAACACAGAGGGAGGGCUGGAGGGGGGCUUGCAACGUGAGAGAUUCUCUGACAUAGCUAGAUAGCCGCCCCCAAUAGCAAGGAAACUGACACAAGGUCGACAGUAAUCUGUCCCUGGCUGCUCGGGUGGUCCCAUUAUCAGGAGAGUCCCUGACCUGGCAGAUGCCAAGCUCUGGAAACAAGGCAGCAGUGUGACAGAGCUGAGGCGGCUGGGGGCCUGGCAGGAGGCCCAGGGCCCAAGGGCUUCUGGCUCAGGGGUAAGGUCUAAAACACAGAGGACUGCGGACAGAGCGAGAAAGCCUGGGUCUCCUCAUGGGAAUCAAGAAAUACUUGAGACGCAGGGCAUGGGACACGGACUAACUACUACAGUUGCCCUUUCUGUGGCCAGGCUCUAUCGGAUGAUGGCAACAG